AUGGGCAAUAUAUUGAGGAGACGAAAGAAAGUGGUCACGGAAGAACUGGAGUCCCUUUCUCACCAAAUGAAAGCGUUCCGAGAAGAUAUUGAGAAAACUGCGGAGGCGAAGCGAAUGAUUUUGUGGUAUCUCACGCUAUCUACAUUCUUUUUUUCGUCGUCCAUUAUUGCAUAUACGUGGAUCACUUUUCAGCGGAAGGAACAUAAGGGACUUGACAGUUUGGUUGCAAGGAAGAGAUCUUUAUUAGAAACGGUGAAAGAAACGGAAACAUUUAAGGUUGCUAAAGAAAUCCUGGAUAAGUACGAUCAAGAAAGUCCCAAAUCUGCUUCACAACCUUCCAGUCCAACUAUGGAGAAGCGUGCACUUCCGGUAAAUCGAAUUGAACAGUUCGCAACGCCUACCCAAAUCAUGGGUCCAGUUGGUCUAUCGAUGAGUGGCCCUCCACGCCCUCCAGUGAAAAAGCUAUUCACGAAGAGUUCCGAAGACAUUGCAUCAACAGAGGGUGCUACUUUGAAAACGCCAGCUAUAUCGCGCAUAAAGCCGAUCCGCCCAUUUCAGCGGGAAGGCACUACUUUGGUCGAUAAAAUGGUGGAUUAUUUCUUUGGAGACGGACCGGGUCAAAGGAAUGCUCUCAUUUGUUCAAAUUGUCACGGACAUAAUGGAAUGGCGCUUCCAGCUGAAUUCGAUUAUCUCGCUUAUGUGUGCUAUAUUUGUGGGCACUUCAAUCCGGCCAGGAAAUUCAGGCAAGUUUGUGUUAUUCUCAAAUGUGUGUAG